AUGUCGUACCUCGUCUACCCGCCGCUGAACGUCAUUGUUCCCCAAGUAACCACCUACACAGGCUCCCAAGCCCCGCCGCCCUCCCCCAUCAUGCUCCCAACGAACCAAAUCAGCUACCCCGGCGGCGCGCCGCCGAACCCCCCGCCGCCGCCGCCUCCCCCUUCCGCGCCCGCUCCGGCAGCCGUCUACUGCACCACGCCGAUGCCGACUGCCUGCGUGGGAGUCAUGGCCGUGUGCGCGCCUCCGCCGGUUUACAUGCCGGUAAUGGGGGUCGCGGUGGGAACGCCGGUGCCGGUGGUGGGCGUGGGCGUGCCGCUUCGGCUUGCGCCCUGA